AUGCCAGACACCAAGCGAGCUUCGCGUACUUCUAUGGCAUGCACAACGUGCCGGCAGGUUAAGCUACGAUGUGAUGCACAACAACGAUUCCCAGCUCCUUGUUCUAGAUGUGAGAAGCAAGCUAAAGCAUGUGUUUUCGAUCCAAGAUUCAAGAGACAAAUCGUUAGAGGUGCCUUAGAAAAGGCGAUUGAAGAAAAAGAGGAGCUUGAAAGGCUCGUUCAUUCAUACAAGAAUUCUUCUGCAGCCGUAGGUGCUGGCUCAACGAUUGCAAUCCAAGGCCUGGAAACAGAUAGCGUCAAAAAUACAAUACCUCAUACUCCAUUGCCUACCGACAAUCGCAUGCCCGCUAUCCCUUUGACAUAUGAGCUUGGCGGUGUGAAACUUGACUCUCAUACUGUCAAUGAGCUUUUGGAGCACUUUCAUCAACAUUAUUUUGAUCACGUUCCGUUUAUAGACAUUGAAAGUUCCGCAGAAUCUAUACAUCAAACAAGCGAAAUUCUUCUCUGGGCACUUUUGUUGGUAUCGGCGCGGAACCAUCCUCUUUACAAUCAACAAUUUUCGCAACUGCGAUCCGCUUUCCACAUAUUGUUAUCCGAGCAUGUAGUUAGAACAAUCCGCUGCCCGUACACAGUCCAAGCAUUGUUACUGCUAUGCACCUGGCCAAUGCCCGUCGCAAGUCAAACCGAUGACCCAAGCUGGAAUUACUGCAGCCUUGCUGUCUCAGCUGUGCAGCAAAUGGGCAUCCACGAACCUGCUCAUGCCGAAGACAGUAGACCCGCUCACUCAAUGGCUUACCUGAAAUCUUGGUUGGCCUGUUUCGUUAUCAGUACCGAGCUAGCAACUGAUCAUGGCUUUCCGCCACCAAUGAGCCUCGUCGCCGGGCGUCUACCAAUCGUCAAAUCACAUUUACAGUCGCAUUUUUCUGACGAGUUUUGGGCGCGAUGUGAGCUACAGCAACAUUCUAUGAGAGUCUUCACGACUCUUUACGGCGUCCACUCUUCGAGCCAGGUGCAGCUGUCUCUGUUGGGCCUUCUCGAACGUGAUUUAGAUCUGCUAGGAGCCGAUAUUAAAACCCGUGUCUCCCAGCGAUACCAUAUCGACUUUUUGGCUGCAAGGCUGCGCCUGUGUUCCAUCCCUUCGUUGACAUCAAGUCCGAAAGAGCUAGGGAAAACAACAAAUACGCAAGAGUGGGCAACUUGGUACAGAGGCUUUCAUGCAGCCAUACAGCUUACAACCAUUUAUACAUCUUUACGUUCAUGCUUUCCACAGCCUCCAACAGAUGAGGUAGUAUCACAUGAGCUCCAAAAGCGCGAGGCUGAGACAGCGCAUUACCCAAAACACUUUUUUCGUGUUUUAUGCAUCGCUGGGAUGUAUUUGGCCAAAUUUCUCGCCGUUGGCCGUGACAUUCAGCCUCAUGAGCGAACCCUGGCGCGCAAUAAGAUAAAAGAAGUGUACGAGACCUUUUUGGCCUGGUCAAAGGAAGAAUUAGACGAGCCCUUUCGAACUGCGAGGAUGAUCCGACUGCUAUCUCGACACGCAGAGGACAAAGUUUCGUCAGAAUACUUUACUAACGAUAGCGGAGAUCCAAGUGCUACCGUAGUUGACGAUAGCCUAAGAAUUGCAAGGAAAAUUCGUGAGCGCACAGCUCCCACUCCUGCGAUUACUGACGACCCAGAAGGCCAGCCUAGGCUUCCCCGACACGACGCUCUAUCAUCCGAUUGGAAUGACUGGCUUCCUAAUACAUAUGACGACCUUUUUGCGUUUCUAGCCUCACCUUCAAAUAAUUACUUUGACGAGCAAUGGAUGUAG